AUGUUGGCUGAGGCUCACAGCCAUAUCAGCGGGAAGAUCGACCGGCAAGUCUUGAAAGUUUACUACACUUUGCUUGGAAUGGGCUCCAAGCUCUCGAACCGCUGGGUGCGCGAACUGUGCUCGGGAUACGAGGAGAUAAUUGGGUUGGCAGCCGAAGAAUAUGGACGCGACCGAGUUUCGACGACCGUCUUAGAGCACGAGUUUCUGAACUUUCAGGAUAUGUCCGGGGUCUACUGCAAGGACUUUGUUGAACGCAACGAGGUCAUAAUUCAGCGGUUGCCCGCGAGACAUCUGAGGGUCAAUUGCCCUAUCGCCAUAAUAUACAAGACUUGCAACUGGAGAAUAUCGCGAUACUUUAGGCGACAAGGAGACCUGGAGCGCGCGGUAUCUUACCGUCGAGAAUGCUGCCGACAUCCCAACGACGAAUGGGAUUGCGAACAGCUUCGGAUUCUUCGAUCGCUAGAAGCACAACUGGAGCAAUCCCAGAAACCAACUCGUUCGAGCACCAACGAGAAAAACCUGGUUGAUAAUCAUCAGCUUUCUACGAUCCCCACCGAUUUGCGAAUCCCACAGGUUACUGAUAGACUGAAUUCAGUACAUAAACAUAGCCGGGUCAUUCCGCCGGUAGAUGCUGCUUACAGACCACCUGAUCCAGUAGCGAUUUCAGCUUCAACGCUAACACAGCAUCCUUUGGCUUAUAUAGAUUUCAACCAACCCCUCGUUCUAGAGGAUGUAGAACUUGAUCAUCUCGACGAUUCUUCAUUCCACUCGUACAUACAACAAGAUACCAUUUGGACGGAGCAGUGGACAAAUGAUCACCGAUCGAUUGGGGAUGUGGUCUUUGAUGAGUUCAUCACGAUGGAUGAUGAGGCUUUGAUUGAUUUCAGCCAGCACGCACUCGAGUAA